AUGAAUUGUGAUAAGUCUCUCUCUCAUAUUUCUCCUGAAGAUGAACCCAAGUGUCCGGUCAUCAUUUUCAUCAAUUCCAAAAGUGGAGGCCAACUUGGUGGUGAUCUUCUUGUGACCUAUAGGUCUCUUCUCAACGAAAACCAAGUUUUUGAUUUGGGGGAAGAAGGUCCGGAUAAGAUUUUGCGCCGAAUUUAUGUUAAUCUUGCAAAGUUGCAGAGGGAAGGAGAUAAGUUUGUCACUCAUAUCCAGGAGAACUUGAGAUUAAUUGUUGCAGGUGGUGAUGGAACUGUAGGGUGGCUUCUUGGAGUUGUUUCUGAUCUCAAGUUAUCUCAUCCACUAGCAAUUGCAACAGUGCCCUUAGGAACAGGAAACAAUCUUCCAUUUGCAUUUGGCUGGGGGAAGAAAAAUCCUGGGACAGAUGAAAAUGCGGUAAAGUCAUUUUUGCGUCAAGUAAUGGAUGCUAAGGAAAUGAAAAUCGACAGCUGGCAUAUUAUGAUGAGGAUGCGGGCUCCAAAAGAAGGUCCAUGUGACCCUAUUGCUCCUCUGAAAUGGAUAUUUUUUGCUUGCUGUUAUAUGAAUGUUUCUCUUCUUCUUCAGGCUUGCUUAUUCACGAGAUUGCAAAACCAUGUUAUGUGCAAGCUAAAAAUCAACGAUUCAAUAUCACAGUGGAGUGAUUUCUAUGACACAUGGAUUGAGAAUUUAGGUUUUGGGAUUUUGAAAAAUGGUUUCGCUAUCUCAUUCUCUAGUUGUAAUUCUGAAAAACCAGUUUCAGAUCUUCUUUGGAUGCUGAUUCAAGUGACAUGCAUUUGUUUUGUUCAAACUGAAAUCAAAAUCGCACUUAUUUUUGCGAAAGAAUUAGCUAUGCCUGGAAAUGGAGAGAAAGAGUCAAAUUUGAGCAAGAAAAACGCUCACAAACUCAAUGAUUUAUAA